ACGCAGUUAUUUAUAUUUCGGUCUGAUCGACAUUCGAAACUGCCGACACAUCAAAUUCAGACGCAUUCCACCAAAUUUGUUAAACAAUGCAAUUCGAAUGGCAUAAUUUAGUCUGAAAGGAAAAUUGAGGUUAGAAAACAUGUUACCCGGAAUUGGUUUAUUCGGUACCGGCCCCAUGGUGAAACUCCUCGUUCCAAUCCUCCGCGAGAAUGGCUUUAAAAUCGAGGCUGUCUGGAGCCGCACCUUGCAUGACGCUCAAGACACCGCCCGCGAGCUCAACAUCCCCUUUUUCACCAACAAAAUCGACGACGUUUUACUCCGCAAAGACGUCGACUUAAUUUUCGUCUUGUGUUCGCCCAAUUUGCACGCCCAAAUCAGUGUCAAAGCUCUAGGAAUUGGCAAACACAUCGUUUGCGACAAACCGGCGGGGCUCAACCAAUGCGACGCCCUCAAAAUGGUCCGCGCUGGCCAGUAUUACCCCUCGUUGAUAUCCCUCAUCAACCACCCGUUUCGCUUCCUCCCAGCCUUGACUCACAUGCGGAAAGCGAUAAAAGAGAACUAUCUCGAGUCUAGUAUCACUCUAAUUGAUAUCAGGAUCCAAAGUGGGUCUUUAUUUACAGACAGUGAUUUCUUCGAUUGGAAAUGCGACGAUGUGAUGGGGGGCGGAACCCUAAACCUGAUCGGGAGCCACGUCAUCGACCUGGUGACAUUCCUCACCAAUCAGCGAGCCGUCCGUGUCCACGGAGUCGUCCGCACCUUCACUAAAACAACCCCAAACAUCACCGGAAUCCGACACAUCUCCGCCCCGGAUUUCUGCACGUUUCAAAUGGAACUAGCCAAUGGUAUUCUCGUCACGGCCACCCUCAAUAGUCACACAAUGGGGGGUAAUUUCCAACAGGAAGUCAUGGUUUGUAGCACCACCGGGCAUUUGGUGGUCCGAGGAGGCGAUUUAUUCGGCCGGAGGAACAAAGGCAACGAAGAAGUGUUGUAUUUGGACGUGGAGGAUUUACAGUGUGCUGUGCCCAAUUCAACUCUCCCGAAACCAUUCAUUAAGGGAGUUUGUAAAAUGGUUUCGGCGUUAAGAGAGGCGUUUUUGCCAGUCAAAGAGAAGGCUGGAUGGGUGAAGGAACCGGUUUGUUCAGCUGCAAAUUUCGACGAUGGUUUGUACGUUCAAGCAGUUUUAAGCGCGAUUAGACACUCCUCGAAUACGAGACAGUGGGUCAAAGUUGAUGUUUUGACCAAACAGCCGGACACUAAUGCUCUGUUGAGUGCGGCGGUGAGGAGGACGGCUAUUUCCAUGUCGUGAAAGGGGCGAUUUUUAUUUAUUUACACUUUUUAUACAUGUUUCCGCGGUCAAUUCAUAUUGCAAAGUUAGCAACAGAAGUAACUAAAUUGUGUCAGAAUUAUCAUUCAAAAGUCAGAUUUACACAGACAAAUGGCCACUAUGAGCUGACCGCAACUGUUUUGAAUGAAAUAGUAGAUUAUAUGCGAGGUGGAAAAUGACGGGUUGUAAUGACAACUUCCCGACCUCAUAUUACUAUAAUCUUGUAUUACACUGAUGAAAGCUAAAA